CCAUUUAUUAUCACCGGCUGACUUGGCUAUAGCGGCAAAUAUGAUACGGGCAGUCCUGUUUGUACUCGUGGCUCUAGGCUACACCAGUGCUACCACAGUCGUCUGCAGAGGCGGAGUCAACCACUACGUGACGCUCCACCGAGAGGUCGUGGUUGUGACACCGGGUUAUGACCGGGCAGAGAACUACCCUAACUCCCACGUCUGUGCCAUAACGGUCACGGCGCCUUUCCCGACACAGAAGGUUCGCGUCGAUUUCGAAGACAUGGAUUUGGAAUCGAGCUUUCAGUGCCACGCCGACCGACUGGUCAUCCAAGAGGUACAAGGCAGAAACCUGUACCAGGUGGGCUCCUACUGUUCCACGGUACGACCAAAGUCCUACGUGUCUCUCACGAGCAGUCUCAAGUUCGGUUUCGUGAGCAACAAGCUACGUUCUGGACGGGGAUUCAGGAUCCGUGUCACGCCGACGAAUUCACGAACUGUCUGCGGCAGAGGAAGCCUCCAGUGCCGUAACCGAGAGUGCAUUUCUGCUUCCAAGCGCUGUGAUGGUAUCUACGACUGUCAAGAUGCAUCGGACGAAAUAGGCUGCCCCCGGAGGCCAAAUUUGCAGGGAGCCCGUUGCGGAAGGCCCGCCAUCCAGCCAGACGCAACGUCGAAUGACCGUGUCGUCGGCGGCCAGGAAGCUGUUCCACACAGUUGGCCUUGGCAAGUGAGCAUGCAGAGGAAGGCAUCCGAGCCAUUGGACCAUUUCUGCGGAGGCACCAUAAUCUCGAGCGAGUGGAUAAUUAGCGCCGCACAUUGCUUCGCAAGCUUCCAAAGUGCUGAUGACGUCAUUGUUAAGGCUGGCCUUCACGAUAUGCUGAACCCUAAUGAGGAACUACAGAUCAGGACUCCGAAAGUCAUUGUCACGUAUAAAAAUUUCAGAGGCGGACGUGAUAUGAACUACGAUAUUGCCCUGGUCAAGGUUUCCGUUCCAUUCAACUUCACGGAGGCCGUACGUCCAGCAUGUCUGCCUGAAGACGACAAACCUCCUCCAGUGAAUGCCACUUGUUACUCCACUGGAUGGGGACAGACUCGAGGCAGCGGCAACGCUUUCCGUCUGAAACAGACCAGGCUUAACGUUGAAGACGUCAACUACUGCCGAAGCGGUGACAGGGCGCGCAUCGCAAGGUUAGGCAUCCACGGAGAUAACUCCGUCUGCGCAAGAAGUUUGGACACGAUCUCCGGACCUUGUCAUGGAGACAGCGGAGGUCCCUUGGUAUGCCAGACUGAAGCCGGCCAGUGGGUUGUCUACGGAGCCACCAGCAUGACCGCAGACAGCUUUGUUGCUGGCACUCUCUGCGGCAUGGAUGGAGCCACACUCUGGAACAGUGUAGCCAGUCACAGGGAGUGGGUGCUACGUACGACAAGUUAAUAUGUACUGAACACUGAGAUAGUGGUACUGAGGCGCAAGGACAAGGCGUAGAUAGAGGACAGCACCUUCAAUUCACAUUCAUCGCUUCACAAUUCCGUAUAUCUCAGUUUGCAAGGUUUGUAGUCAUGUUUCUUAAAUGAAAAAAAAAGGGGGGGUCGACGUUUCGACAGUGGCACUGUCUUCGUCAGGACAAAAGAUGCGCAGGCAGUUACAGAUUGCUUAAACACCACAGUCUAUAGUGCUGUGGUGUUCGCAUUCAGCCUGAAUUAUACAAUAAUACUCAGGCUGUAUUUCAUAGUAACAGGAAAGAAUGGAUAUGUUAGUCCUGAUGCUGUCAGGACAUGGCUAUCACAAAGCGUCACUGUGACUGAAACAUUGUUUUAAGAAAGUGAGGGGGCCUCCUGUCCCCUCUCUUAUCAUCUCCAUAAGUGCUGUAGACGAAUUAUUUAUUACAAGCCCAUAACGUGACAUUCUCGCUCUCUACAAUGUUUGAUGUUGGCGUAUGGCAAUACUAAGAAUAAAAAGCUCUCUAACGA